AUGACUAUAGUCCACUUGACCAAUGGCGAUGGCCACCAUGGCGAGCCAGAGCCAGUCAUUUCGACAGACGUUCUCAUCAUCGGAACAGGGCCAGCGGGUGCAUCUCUAGCGGGUUUUCUUGCUAUGCAUGGCAUCCGUGGGAUAAUGGUCAGCUCAGCUCCGGGGAGUGCUGAUACUCCCAGAGCACAUUUUACGAAUAUGGCCGCUAUGGAGUGUCUCCGGGAUAUUGGUCUAGAGAAAGAAUGUAAACGCCUGGGAACAAAUGGAUCACACAUGAUAAAUACUCGCUGGGCAUACAGUAUGGCUGGGGAGGAGUAUAUGCGCAGUUACUCCUGGGGGAACGAUCCCAAGAGAAAGGGUGACUACGAAACCGCAAGUCCCUGCGAACCACUCGACCUGCCCCAGACUCUCCUUGAGCCAAUUCUCGUACGACAUGCUACGCUAAAUGGCUUCACUUGCCGCUUUGAUACCACCUUCGUCCAUUUUACAGAGAACGCAAACGGUACAAUCUCCACACUUCGAGAUAAUGUCUCUGGUUUGGAAUACAAGGUUCGAUCAAAAUACCUUUUCGGAGCGGAUGGUGCUCGAAGUCAAGUCUUUCGGCAGCUAGGUCUCGAGCUAGAUGUUAAGCCUGAUCAGGGAACUGCAUUCAACGUUCUUAUCAGAGCAGAUCUCUCCCGCUAUAUGGAACAUCGCGAGGGCACCCUCCACUGGCUCUUGCAGCCAGAUAAGGAGCAUCCGGUGUUUGGAUGGGCAGGAAUUGCCAGAAUGGUCAAGCCAUGGAACGAAUGGUUGUUCAUUGUGAUCCCCGAUCGUCAAAAUGGGUUGACCCGCAUGCCCACUGAAGAAGAAUGGGUUCAGCGGAUGAAAGAGUGGAUCGGGGACGACUCGAUCCCGGUAGAGCUCAUAAAUGUGUCGAAAUGGCGACUGAAUGAGGUUGUGGCCAAGACCUAUCCAAAGGAAGAGUUCUGUCUAGGGGACGCAGUUCACAGACAUCCUCCUUCGAACGGACUCGGCUCGAAUACAUGUAUCCAGGAUGCGUACAACUUGGCCUGGAAGAUCGCCUAUGUCCUGAAAGGUUUGUGCCAGGCAUCGUCUUCUCUCCUCGACACAUACUCGGUUGAACGACAACCCGUAGGCAGUGGAAUUGUUGCUCGUGCUAAUCAGUCGUUCCGUCAUCACGGCCCAAUCUGGGAAGCAUUCGGGGUAUCCUUGCCAACCCCCGAAGAGAAAAUGCAAGCACUCCAUCAGCUUACCUUGCCUACCGAAGAAGGCCGUACCCGACGCAAGAAUCUUCAAGCCGCUCUUGAGGAGGCACAACAUGAAUAUCACGCCCUCGGACGGGAAAUGGGCCAGUUUUACCAGAGUAAAGCGAUCUACUCGGAUGAUGAAACGGAGCCCUACUACACCCCUGAACUUCUAGCUCAGGACCAGGAUUUAAUAUACCACCGGAGUACGUAUCCAGGCCGCCGUCUACCACAUGUGUGGCUGAACAAGCGUAUCCCUGGUGAGCCCAUUUCCACAGUCGACCUAGCGGGACACGGUGCAUUUACCAUUCUCACUGGCAUUGGCGGUGAUGCUUGGAAAAUAGCCGCCUCCCAGGUUGGAGAAAGUCUCGGGGUGCCGAUCAAUGCAUAUUCCAUCGGUUUCCGCCAGGACUAUGAAGAUUUCUACUUUGAUUGGGCUCGUAUUCGCCAGGUUGAUGAAACGGGCUGUAUUCUCGUCCGACCUGACCGGAUGGUGGGUUGGAGGUGCCAGGAAAUACUGGGAGAUGAGGUGCAAUGCACAGACAAGCUUCGCCAUGUUGUGCUGUCUAUCUUGGGGCGUGACUCGUGAGAGUCAAGCUUUUUCUUAGUUUCAUUUAGUUAACUACGUAUGAUCAUGUGUAGAAUAAACACUUAGGGAAUGAAUGU